AUGUUUCUUUCGCUUUUGCAGUGGGAGUGCAAGGCAGACUUGGAAAGCAGCUACCGCUUUGGAGAGAUCGAGGUGAGCUGCGAGGGCUACGACUACCCCGGCGAUCCCUACAUCCUGGAGGGAUCCUGUGGAUUGCUCUUCAGCCUGGAGCUGACCGAGGAGGGCGAGAGGAGGGCGAAGGGCUCCGCAGGCUUUGGCUCCGGCUACUACCAGCCCAGGAAGGAUUCCCUGGAUUCCGUCCCCGGGGUGGUUGUGGUGCUUGUUCUCCUGGCUCUGGCGUAUGGAGUUUACAGGCUCUUCCUCAGCAACCAGCAGCCUCCGCAGAGCUUUGGUGACAGCUUCUCCAGGCCUUCCUGGCAGGGCCGGCAAGCGCCCCCUCCUCCUGGCUUUAAAGCCACCUUCACAGAGCGCAGCCGCAGUCGCCGUAUUUCGGCACCUGGGCCCACCACGGGGCUGCGCCGCCCGCGUGCGGGCAGCCGAGCGGUUCCACGGGGGCCGGCGGCGCGGGAACGAGAACUGCUUCUGGCGCCCGGCACGCCGGAGAGCGCCGAGGAGCGGGGCCGCGGCGGCAAGAGCAAGCCGUUCCGCUGCAAGCCCUGCCAGUACGAGGCCGAGUGCGAGGAGCAGUUCGUGCACCACAUCCGCGUGCACAGCGCCAAGAAGUUCUUCGUGGAGGAGAGCGCCGAGAAGCAGGCGCAGGCCAAGGAGGCCGAGGCCGCCGCCGGCGCCGCCGAGGAGGUCGACUUCUCCAAGGGCCCCAUCCGCUGCGACCGCUGCGGCUACAACACCAACAGGUACGACCACUACCUGGCCCACCUGAAGCACCACAACAAGGCGGGCGAGAACGAGCGCGUCUACAAGUGCACCAUCUGCACCUACACCACCGUCAGCGAGUACCACUGGAAGAAGCACCUGCGGAACCACUUCCCCAGGAAGGUCUACACGUGCUCGCAGUGCUCCUACUUCUCGGACAGGAAGAACAACUACAUCCAGCACAUCCGCACGCACACGGGUAGGCCCUUCCCCUGCGCGCGCUGCGUGGCGGGAACGCGUCCCUCGCAGCCGUGGCCAACGCGAGCCGGGGGGCCUGGGCCCGGUGUCCCGUCUCCAGCCUUACACAGGUGCCAGGAAACACCCGGGGUCCCUCUGGAUGCCGGUGGAGCUCCAUGGGGCUCCCUGGUGGCCAGCGGGACCCCACUGGGGCUAGGUGAGAGCGGCAGCACCCAGCGGCGCUGGCGCUUCCCCAUGGGAAUCCGCGCAUGGAGAAGUUUCCCCUUCCUCUUCCUUUCCGUGUAUUUGCUUCCCCCUCUCUCUGUGUCCAUAUUCCCGGGAAGCAGUUAUUUUUCCCCCGCUCUGUGCUUGGUAAUCACCACCUUUCCCCCCUCCCCGGCUCCUUCCCCAGGUGAGAAGCCUUUCAAGUGCGACCAGUGCAGCUACGUGGCCUCCAACCAGCACGAGGUGACUCGUCACGCGCGGCAGGUCCACAACGGGCCCAAGCCGCUCACCUGCCCGCACUGCGACUACAAAACCGCCGACCGCAGCAACUUCAAGAAGCACGUGGAGCUCCACGUCAACCCCCGCCAGUUCCUCUGCCCCGUGUGCGACUACGCCGCCUCCAAGAAGUGCAACCUGCAGUACCACAUCAAGUCCAGGCAUCCCGACUGCUCGGACAUCACCAUGGAUGUCUCCAAAGUGAAACUACGGACUAAAAAGAGCGAAGCCGACUUCUCCGAGAGCCUCAGUGACAAAGCGGAGAAGGAGCAGGCGAAGGGGGAUUCGGCGGCAAAGAAAACUGAGAAAACGGUGAAAGUGGAGAAAAAGGAGAACUUGGCGAAGGAGAAGAAGCCAACGAGCAGUGUUUGUGUAGGCCAGGUGACAACCCGGAGUCGGAAAUCGGCUUCGGAGAACAAGGAAGUGGACAUUAAAACUGAGAGAAGUACUGAGAAACCGUGUAAAGCAAAGAAGAGCAAAAGAAAGGCAGAGGCUGAAGCAGCUUCCUCAAAGGACGAGCCUGCAAAUGACACCCCAGCAGUAAUGAAAAAGAAAAAGAAAGUGGAAACUAAGCCCAGAGACUGCCAGGAAGCUCCCAAGAGUGACGUCGUAGCGGAGGAGGAGCCAAGGAAGCAAAACUCAUGCCCUAAGAAGAACAGAAAAAAGAAAGCUCUGAAGAGCAAGCACGGCAAGAAAAGCAGCAAACCCGACGCGGAGGCGCUCGAGGAGGAGCAGAGCCGCAUGGAGGGUCCCGCUGCCUCCGCGGAGGAUCCCCCCGCGCCGGGCUCGCCGUGCGCCGGCCGCACGGCCACGAGCGACUCGCAGGAGGUGGACGAGGACGAGGGCAUCCACAGCCACGAGGGCAGCGACAUCAGCGACAACAUCUCGGAGGGCAGCGACGACUCGGGCCUGAACGGCGCCCGCUCCGCGCCCGACGACGCGGGGGCCAAGGCGGGAGCCGGCGGCGCCGGCGAGAGCUUCGUGUGCAUCUUCUGCGACCGCUGCUUCGGGAAGGAGGGCGAGUACAGCAAGCACCUCAACCGGCACCUCGUCAACGUCUACUACCUGGAAAAGGCCACCAAGGGGCAGGAGUAG